UUCGUCUUCACCUACUGGUAGAUUUGGGUUCAAUAUCUACCCUACACGCUUCUCCCUCUUUAUUCCCGCCCUGUCAUGAGUUUGAGCCACGCCCCGUAAUUCUUAUCCCACUCCAGAGGCGUGGUGCAGACUUCAGCCACCAUGACGUCGCAAUCCUUGUCUCUCCGCGACCGUCAGGUCGCCUCGAUCCAGAAGAUCCUGAAUUUGAACCACGAUACCAUUCCCGCGGAGGACUCCCACGAUGCCUCAGGCCAAGGCCUCGUCUCGCAGUCGACCCCGGUGCUGAACGAGGACGGCGAUCCGAUUUGGAAGAUCUUGGUGUUUGAUAACCUCGGUCGGGAUGUCAUCAGCAGUGUACUCCGUGUCAAUGACCUGAGGUCCUGGGGGGUGACGAUUCAUCUGAACAUCAACUCCACUCGCUAUCCCAUCCCCGAUGUCCCUGUCUUAUAUCUCGUCGAGCCCAAUGCCGAAAAUGUCAAGUUCAUCUCGGAAGACCUUUCCCGCGGCCUCUACUCCCCCGCCUAUGUCAACUUUCUCUCGUCCGUGCCACGCCCCCUCCUGGAAGACUUUGCCUCGCAGGUCGCCACGUCGGGAGCGUCGCAACACAUCGCGCAGGUUUAUGAUCAGUAUUUGAAUUUUAUCGUCGCCGAACCCGACCUGUUCAGUCUGGGUCUAGGCAAGGAUGCGUACUGGAAGAUCAAUAGCGCUCAGACCAGCGAUGAGGAUCUGGAUGCCAUCGUCGACAGGAUCGUGAGCGGACUAUUCAGCGUCAGCGUCACAAUGGGUGCGAUUCCCAUCAUUCGCUGUCCCAAAGGUGGAGCAGCAGAGUUGAUCGCCACCAAAUUGGAUCGAAAACUCCGCGACCACAUCCUAAACUCUAAAGACAACCUGUUUUCGACCAACAAGAAAGACGCUUCGGGCGUCCCCGCGGCGCGACCCGUCCUCAUCAUCGUGGAUCGCAAUGUGGACCUCGUCCCGAUGCUGUCCCACUCGUGGACGUACCAGUCGCUGGUGCAGGAUGUCCUCCAGAUGCGUCUGAAUCGCAUCACGCUGGAGACCCCGGUGGAUGACACGAACCCGGCGAAGGGCGUCACCAAGAAGUCAUACGACCUCAACGCCAGUGAUUUCUUCUGGAAGCGCAACGCGGGCGCGCCGUUCCCACAGGUGGCCGAAGAGAUCGAUGCGGAACUAACGCGAUACAAGGAAGACGCCACCGAGGUGACGCGAAAGACCGGCGCUUCGUCGAUUGAGGACCUUCAAAAUGAUACCAGCGCGUCAGCACAACACCUCAAAGCGGCGAUCACCCUCCUCCCGGAACUGCGAGAACGCAAGGCGAUCCUGGACAUGCACAUGAACAUCGCGACAGCCCUCCUCAAGGGCAUCAAGGAUCGCCAGCUGGACAACUUCUUCGAGCUAGAGGAAAACAUCACCAAGCAGACCAAGGCGCAGAUCAUGGAGCUAGUCAACGACACCUCCAAGGGCAACGACCCCACCGACAAGCUGCGCCUCUUCAUCAUCUGGUUCCUGAGCACGGAAACCGAGGUGUUGCGCGCAGACAUGACGCAGUUCGAAGAGGCCCUAGCCCGCGCCGGCGUCGAAGACGUCAGCGCCCUCGCAUACGUGCGCCAGGUGCGCGAACUCACCCGGAUGACAAUGAUGACAACCGCCACGCCGCAACAGGGGCAGCAAUCCCAAUCAUCAGACCUCUUCCGCGGUUUCUCCUCGCUCUCCAACCGCCUCACAGACCGCAUCACCUCAGGCGCCUUAGGCGCCAACUUCGACUCGCUCAUCUCGGGCGUGAAGAACUUCCUCCCAGUCAACAAAGACCUAACGCUGACCAAAAUCACCGAGUCCAUCAUGGACCCCCAGUCCGCGUCCAGCUCUGCCAUCGCCAAAACCGAAAACUACCUCUACUUCGACCCCCGCAGCGCCAAUGCCCGCGGCGCCAUCCCCGCCGCGUCUGCCUCGCGCAACACCCAGCCCACCAACCCCCUCGGCGGGCCCAGCCCGGGCCAAACCGCCAGCUUCGGCCAGCGCCGCCAGGCCUUCAACGAGGCGAUCGUCUUCACCGUCGGCGGCGGCAGCAUGGACGAGUACGGCAACCUGCAAGACUGGGCGCGUCAAACGGAUGGAUCCCCCGCCGACGGCAGCGUCGCACAGGGCGGUCGCGCCGCGGCGUCGCUGGGCCCUCGACGACGGGUGGUGUACGGUAGUACGGACGUGAUGAACGCGCACGACUUCCUGAUGGAGUCGCUGGCGAAAUUGGGGAAGGAGACUUGAGUUUAGCUGUAAGGCUGUGUGAUAGACUGGCUGUUUAAUAGCAAUAAUGGAUACAUUGGAAAUUCUUCUUCUUUCUUUUUUACUAUUCCUUAAUGUCCUUUUAAUUAAUGGAUUUGGCAAGGAUGCCUGGCUACUAUACUACUGCUAAUGUGUUUAUACCUAGGAAGGUACGGGUAUAACUAAAAUGAAGAACGAAGAACGAAAGACGAUAAAAGCAGAAUUUACAAGAAGGAGCAUGGUAUCAGCAUCGCAAUGCAAAGCGCCAUAAUCAGGAAAGAAUGGACGAGGAAAGGAGAUGACAUAGGGAUGGUAGGCGACCUUGUCCUUG